CAGAAAUUUUCUGGAACCCAACAAAAUAAAAGAGUCGACCGGUUAAAAGCAUUGGCAACUGGCAAACCUAAAGGUAAAUGAAAUUGAAAAGAAAAACAAAUGAGAAAAGGAGGUUUUUUAACUCGCUAUAAUUGUAAGAGGCAAAAACGCGAACCGAAUUUAACCAUGCGGCCAAACAAAUUUGUUUCCUCUUCUUGGAAUUGAAUCCAUAUCGGCAAGAACACUGCCUGUAGCAGAACAAAAGCUUCCCUUGAGGUCUGGGUUGAGAUUCAUUCCAAAAAAAUUGAAUCAGAUCUCAUCACAGAGUUAACUAAAUUGCAUAAAUUUUGCCACUUCAUUUUAAUGUAGAAAACAGGCGCAAUGGAAUUCUCAUUUCUCGUAUCAACAUCAAUGGAGUUGCAUUGAUCAAUAAAAUAACAGCAGAGUCUUUGAUCGUUACAGACUGGUUUUUGCGUGCAUAUGAACUGAGUAAGACCAGUACAGUAACUUGGUGACUUAUAAUCAAAUGUACCAUAUCUACUUUGGCUUUGUUGACCUUUGUUGCAUGCCAGUUUUGACUGUGGAGCUACGGAAACUGAGUAUCACUGUCGUCUGAUGAUGAACACUAAUGUUGCUGUGUUAUUGUAUUGGUUUUAAGUGGAAUUUGAUGUUGUAGGUAUAAAUGGGCAAGUGGGUAAUCGGAAGAAAACAGAUUCCUUAUGCCCUGGUCAUCAAAAAACAGUAUUUGUAUUGCCGCAUUUGCAGUUUUUAAACGAGAUCGUGAUUCCGAAAUAGAUUGAUUGCCUCUGAGCUGCCAAGGUUUACAAAGAAGGCAUAAAACCGAGAUUUCAAUACUUGUGCAUUGUACCCACUUGUUGAGUCGGUCUCAGGACUUGGGAGGGGAUCUGAAGAGGAAAGUGACCCACCGUGCUUUCCAAUGAAAAAGAAAGGCCAUGAGUUGAAUAAAUACCGUCUUGACACAAAUUUGAGCUCUGUUUCCUAGAUCUGCAAUAAGCAAUGAAAGGAAGCAUGGGGUGUGGCAGUGAUAUGGUGUUUGAGGGAGAGAUUGGAUGGUAGAAUUUGUGUGUUUAAGUGAGAAGAUCUCACAAUGCAGGUCCACAUAUCUCCUAGCAUGGGGCAAAUCACCAUCUCGGCUACAAAUGGCUUCCUGGACUUUACAAAGGUUAAGGGUGCUGCACGCCAUAUUUCCUAUAGAAGCAUUUUCUAUACUGUAUUGAUUCUAGCCUUCCUUUUACCUUUCGUCUUUAUUUUAACAGCAUUAGUUACACUGGAGGGGGUCAACAACUGUUCCUCCCUAGAUUGCAUUGGCAGAAGAUUAGGUCCGAGGCUUUUGGGGAGAGUAGAUGUUUCUCCUAGAAUGGGAAGAGAAAUAUACCAACUUCUCUUACAGGCAAGCAAUGAAGCACUUCCAGAAGGAUUAACAAUCCCAGAAUCAUUCCCUGAUCUCAUUACUGAUAUGAAGACGAAUCCAUAUGAUGCUAAGACAUUUGCUUUGAAGAUGAAAGCAAUGGUACAGCAGAUGGAACAGAAGGCCCGGUCAGCAAAACUGCAAGAAUAUUUGUACAGACAUUUUGCAUCAAGUGGUAUUCCAAAAGGCAUGCAUUGCCUCUCUCUAAGGCUGGCCGAUGAGUAUUCCUCCAAUGCACAUGCCCGGAGGCAGCUUCCCUCUCCUGAAUUAGUUCCUCGGCUUACGGACAACUCAUAUAAUCACUUUGUUGUGGCGACUGACAAUGUUCUUUCAGCAUCUGUGGUAGUCUCAUCAGUUGUGAAGAAUUGUGCAAAGCCUGAAAAGAUAGUAUUUCAUGUUAUUACAGAUAGGAAGACUUAUGCAGCCAUGCAUGCGUGGUUUGCUUUGCAUCCUCUCCCUCCUGCAACUGUGGAGGUAAAAGGUGUGCACCAAUUUGACUGGCUGACAAAAGACAAUGUCCCUGUAUUGGAAGCCAUGGAAACUCAUUUUGAAAUAAGAAGAUACUACCAUGGUGACCAUGCAAUUGGAGCGAAUCUUAAUGAUUCCCCAAAUGUUCUAGCUGCAAAACUGCAAGCACGAAGCCCAAAAUAUAUAUCAAUAAUGAACCAUCUUCGAAUAUAUCUUCCAGAGCUUUUCCCAAAUCUUCGGAAGGUCAUUUUUCUGGAUGAUGAUGUGGUAGUUCAGCGUGAUUUGUCUCCACUGUGGGAUAUUGAUCUUGCAGGCAAGGUCAAUGGUGCAGUAGAAACAUGUAGAAUUGCUGACCCGUGGGUUAGGUCGAAGACUUUCAAAACAUAUCUUAAUUUCUCUCAUCCUCUUAUAGCAAAGAAUUUUAACCCAGACCAAUGUGCAUGGGCAUAUGGUAUGAACAUUUUUGACUUGCAAACCUGGAGGAGAACAAACAUCAGAGAAGUUUAUCAUCAUUGGCUGAAAAAGAAUUUGAAUUCAAAAUUGUCACUCUGGCGUUUGGGCACUUUACCGCCUGCAUUAAUUGCAUUUAAUGGCUAUGUCCAUCCCAUUGAUCCUUCUUGGCAUGUUCUAGGAUUGGGGUAUCAAUCCAGAAUCAAUCAAGAUACUCUGCGAAAAGCUGCUGUUAUUCACUACAAUGGGCAGGCAAAACCAUGGCUAGAGAUUGCAUUUCCGGAGUUAAGACUCUUCUGGACUAAAUAUGUAGAUUACAAUGAUGAAUUCAUUAGAAAUUGUAAUAUUAUGGAGUCGUAGUUUAAGCAUUUCCACUCCAUUCAAUGUAUUCACUAUUCAAAGUUAGACCAGGCCCGCAAUGGGGUCGAAAAUGAACUGUGCAGUAAUUUUGUCCACCUGCUAGCCAGAUAGAGCAGCAGAUGGAUGAAGGCUCAGUAUUAGAUGAGCCUAUCAUAUCAUUGUUUAUAUAGAUCUAUUUUUUGCAUCGGGAAAAAGUUCCAAGACGUAGCAAGAUAAACUCUUGUUCGAAGAUAAUUGUAAGCAAGAUUUCAUUCAAAAUUCUAUUCAUUUGUAACUGUAUAAUUACGUUCCAAUGAAAAUAUUUUGAAAGUUUGAA